AUGGCAAAGAUGGGUGAAGGCGAGGUUUUGAAGACAAACACUGAGGAAGGAGAUAACGUGGUAGUGGUGAUGCAGAGUAAAGAAGAAGGCCAUCCUUAUGCUUUUCAUGUUUCUGGACCUCGUAAUGUCCCUUCUCCAAAUUGGAAGGACUUUUUCAGUUCCAGCUGGAAAGACGGUAAUUAUAAGAGGUCAGUGAUUGCCUGCUUCAUUCAAGCUGUAUACUUGCUUGAAAUUGACAGACAAGAAAAUAGAACGGCAGAGAAUGCUCUAGCGCCAAAAUGGUGGACACCUUUUAAGUACAAGUUAGUGGAAACUCUAAUAGAUGAAAGAGACGGAUCGAUAUAUGGUGGAGUGCUCGAAUGGGAUCGCUCUGCUGCAAUGGCUGAUUAUCUACUAAUGAAACCUGCUGGUGCUCCAAGAGCUGUUUUAGCACUUAGAGGAACUCUCUUGAAAAGUUCUACACUUCGGCGCGAUAUAGAGGAUGAUCUUAGGUUCUUGGCUUGGGAAAGUUUGAAAGGGUCUGUCAGAUUCAGUGGAGCUUUGAAGGCAUUGAAAUCCAUCGUUGAUAAGCAUGGGAGUAACAAUGUGUGUAUUGCUGGUCAUUCCUUAGGGGCUGGAUUUGCGCUUCAAGUUGGAAAAGCAUUAGCUAAAGAUGGAAUAUAUGUGGAAGCACAUCUCUUUAAUCCUCCAUCUGUUUCUCUAGCUCAUAGUUUCAAAACAAUUGGGGAAAAAGCUGGAUUUAUGUGGAGACGAAUGAGAUCAAUGUUCCCUAUGAACGGCGAAAAUCAAGAACAGGUUGACAACGAGGCUACAACAUCCGCAUUGCCUGCAGGAAUGAAACAAUGGGUUCCUCAUCUAUAUGUUAACAACAGCGACUAUAUCUGCUGCUACUACACAGAUCCAGAUGGAGUUGAAGGCAGUCCUGCUGACAAGGAAAAUGCAAGGCCUCAAAGCAAAGCAAAUUUCGGGGCGCAAGCGAAACUGUUUGUGCUGUCAAAGGGGAAGCAGAAGUUCUUAGAGGCACAUGGAUUGGAGCAAUGGUGGUCAGAUGAUUUGGAGCUCCAAAUGGCUCUUCAGAACAGCAAACUUAUAAGUAGGCAGCUGAAAUCCUUAUACAGUCUUCCGGCGCCUACUGCUCCACAGCAAACACAAGGCAAGCUUCAAUCAUGGCAGAGCAGCUAG